AUGGAAGAUAGAAUGUUUAUUGACAAGCUGAACGGACCGGAGAAUUGGGCAACGUGGAAAUUUCAACUGGAGCACCUGUUGAAGGCAAAGGACUGUGGGUCUGAUCCGUGGUGGAGGGUAGACCUGGCAAGAGUGUAUACAAUUGGUGCUGUUGUGAUAACCAAUAGUGCAGGAUUUGAAAACAGGUUGGAUGGUGCAGAAAUCUGGAUUGGAAAGUCAGCAAACUUCAGUGACCCUGAGCGUGAGAGGUGUGCCGUCAUCUCUCACAUCCCCAGUGGGGAGACGUUCUACUUUCCAUGUAGCUCUAUUGAGGGACGCUAUGUCACUGUGUUUCUCCCAGGAAGUGGGAAGGUCCUAAAUCUCUGCGAGGUUGAAGUGUACUAUGGAUACCCAUUAUCCAAUGUGGCACUCAAAGGAGAAGCUACCCAGUCAUCUACACUCUCUUUUGCCACUGCGUCCAAAGCCAUCGAUGGCAGACGGAUCUCGUUCUACAGCAAUGGGUUCUGUAGCCACACCGCUGAAGACGAGACCGACCCCUGGUGGAGGGUGGACCUGCAGCGAAGCUUUACAAUCACUGCUGUAAAAGUCACCAACAGAGGAGACUGCUGUGCUGAAAGACUGGAUGGUGCUGAGAUCAGAAUAGGAAACUCACUGGAGAACAACGGAAACAACAAUCCCAGGUGUGCUUCCAUCUCACAUAUCAAAGCAGGUAAAACCUACACAUACCGGUGUGACGGAGGCAGCAUGGAGGGUCGCUUUGUGAACGUGUUUCUUCCUGGACAGAAGAAGACUCUCACCCUGUGUGAAGUGGAGGUGUAUGCUGCCCCAGCAGUUGAACCGCUUCCAAACAUGGCCUUAGGCAAACAAACAGCACAGUCAUCGACUUGGCCCAAUAAACCUUUUCUGUCAUCAAAAGCUGUUGAUGGGUACAAAAUGGAAACUUGGUUGAUGUAGGCUGUACCCAUACUACAGAAGAAACAAAUCCCUGGUGGAGAGUAGACUUGUUAGCUGUCUAUAAGGUCAGUGUUGUCACGAUCAUUAACAGACAAGAUAAUUUAAUUGAAAGGAUUCUUGGGGCAGAGAUUCGGAUCGGGGACUCACUGGAUCAAAAUGGAAAUCAAAACCCGAGGUGUGGCAUUAUUGAAUCAUUGGAUGGUACACCAACAUACACAUUCCAGUGUAAUGAAAUGGAAGGUCGCUACAUCAAUGUGAUCAUGCCAGGAUCUCAGAAAAUUCUGACGCUGUGUGAAGUGGAGGUGUUUGCUUCUCUGCCUGCACCAGCAGCUGUUACUCCUUCACCAACUCCUCCAACACCUCCUACUGCUCCUCCCACUGUGAGUGUGCAGCUUGGUGGUAGGAACGUGACGGUGGUGGGAGAGAGGCUCUGCUGGUCUGAUGCUCUG